CCCAGCUGUCGCUACCACAGCACCCAACCAACCCACGCCCGCUCUUCUUGUCUUCUUCAGAAAGUCAUGGGGCUCAGCGACGGCGAGUGGCAGUUGGUUCUGACUGUCUGGGGGAAGGUGGAGGCUGACCUCGCCGGCCACGGGCAGGAAGUCCUCAUCAGGCUCUUUAAGAAUCACCCCGAGACCCUGGAGAAGUUUGACAAGUUCAAGAACCUCAAGUCAGAGGAUGAGAUGAAGGGGUCGGACGACCUGAAGAAGCAUGGCAACACGGUGCUGAGUGCGCUGGGCGGCAUCCUGAAGAAGAAGGGCCAGCACGAGGCCGAGCUCAAGCCACUGGCCCAGUCGCAUGCCACCAAGCACAAGAUCCCUGUCAAGUACCUGGAGUUCAUCUCAGAAGCCAUUAUCCAGGUCCUGCAGAGCAAGCACCCCGGGGACUUCGGCGCCGACGCCCAGGGGGCCAUGAGCAAGGCCCUGGAGCUGUUCCGGAAUGACAUGGCUGCCAAGUACAAGGAGCUGGGCUUCCAGGGCUAGCCCCCCGUCGCCAGGCCCACCUCACGCCAAGUAGCUGUGUAGGAUGUGCUUUUGAAUGGCUGCUUCGUUUAGAACAGGUGGGCAGGGGAGGCCCCCUGUGGGAUGUCACACCACGGGAAGCGGGAACACACCGCCUGUUGUGACCUGUGCAGUGUGGAUAGUACCCAACUCUGCCACCGCCUCCAUCCCAGCCCAGCCCCUCCCCGCCUGCAGAGCCCCGCCACGCCUUCACCCUCACCCUCUCCUCUCAAAUCAUGCAGUGACGAAACCCCAGGCCUAAAGGCUCAUGUCUCACCACCUGCCCCCCUUGCAUACCCCAGAACAGCCCCUGGCCGGGGGGAGACCUGGGACUCGCUCUGGGUGAGUGGGUGGGGUGGAAAGGAACUGCAAGUGUGUGUACCUGCCCAGGUAUGGGAGCAACUAGCCUGGAUUUAAUAAAAGGUCCUG